UCUGAAAGAAGAAGAUGUCAGCUAUGGGCCAACUCUUCGGAGGGUCCAUCCUCUCGGCCUUCCUUCAGGUGGCCUUCGACAGGUUUGCCUCUCCUGAGAUUAUGGAAUUCUUACUUCGAUUGGAAAUCGACUUGGAUGAAGUGGAGUCACUGAAGCGGACGUCAGCCAUGAUUCAGGCCUUAACUGAUGAAGCUGAAGUGAAGCAAUUCACCAACGGUGCUGUGAAACUCUGGCUCGACCACCUCAAACAACUCCUCUAUGAUGCGGACGACAUAUUGGAUGAGUAUGCCACUGAACUUUUACGCCUGAAAUUGGAAUCUGCUCACCAAACCCAACAGGUACGCAACCCUGUUCCUCUCACUCCAUCAACUGAAAGUAGUAUCUCCUUUUGGUUGAAAUCCAGCAUAGAAUCUGCAGUUAAGGGCAUCAACGAAACUUUAGAGGGAAUAAAAGGCAUUGGGCCUAAGGUUUAUAACAUCGCCGAAGAGCUGCGGGGAAUUAAAAGGUUUGGAUCAAAAGUAAGGGAUAUGGACCAGAGGUUAAAAAGUGUAGCACUAGAAGGUGUUGCUCUAGGCUUGAACUCGAGCAUUGGAUCUGGGUCCAUAAGGCCCCGGGUAUUCAGUCAAAGGCCACCGACGAGUUCUUUGGUGAAUACAUCUAAUUGUUUUGGCAGAGAGGAAGAUAUGAAGGAGAUUUUUGGAUGGUUGCUAUCGGACAAUACUCCAAGUCCAAGUAACAAUGUUAAUAAUUUCUCGGUCCUACCCAUUGUUGGCAUGGGUGGAGUUGGAAAGACGACCCUUGCUCAACUUGUUUAUAACGAUGAAAGAGUUGAGAAGCAUUUUGGUAUGAAAGCUUGGGUCUGUGUAUCAGAGGAUUUUGAUGUGGUGAGGUUAACCAAAGAAAUUCUCGAGUCAGCUACUGGAUCAUCCCCUCCUUUUAAUUCACUGGACCUGCUACAGCUGAAACUUAAAGAAGCAUUGAGCAAGAAAAGAUUCUUAUUAGUUCUGGAUGACAUGUGGAACGAGAUUUAUGACAGAUGGGAUGCCUUGAGGACCCCUUUUGCAUUUGGUCAACCAGGCAGCAAGAUAUUAGUUACGACACGGAACAAAGGUGUUUCAUCAAUCACGCGCACUGUUCCGAAUGAUCUUUAUCUAAAAGGUCUGCCAAAUGAAGCUUGUUUUGCACUAGUUAGAAGGCAUGCUUUCAUGGAUGAAUAUUCAUCUGAUGCAAAUCAAAAGUUGGAAUUAUUUGGAGAAGAAAUUGUGAAGAAAUGUAAGGGUUUACCUUUGGCUAUAAAGACACUUGCUGGCCUCUUGCGAGAUAAAAGGGAGAACUGUGAGUGGAAAGAUAUUUUAGAGAAUGAAAUAUGGGAUUUAAGAGAGAGCGAGAUCCUUCCAUCACUCAUGUUGAGUUACCAUAAUCUUGCACCACAUCUGAAGAGAUGCUUCGCAUAUUGUGCUUUGUUUCCCAAAGACUACGAAUUUGUCAAGAUUGAAUUAGUCAUCUUGUGGAUGGCAGAAGGUAUUAUUCAACGAAAAGGACAAAAACGCCUUGAAGAUAUAGGGGGUGGGUAUUUUGAUGAACUAUUUAUGAGGUCCUUCUUUGAAUUAUCUAAUUAUUGUCGUCCAUUGGUGGCAGGCCCGGUGCUUAUUAAAGUAUCAAAAGAAUUUAACGAUAGAUCAUUUUUUGAGUCAUCCGGUACUGAAACAUGGGAUCAGGAUUUGUGAUGCAUGAUCUGAUCCAUGAUUUAGCACAAUUUGUUUCAAGUGGAAUAUAUUGUCGGAACGAGUAUGAUAAGCCAUCCCAAGUUCUUACUACCACCCGUCACUUGGCCUACAUUAUGGACAAUUAUAAUGCUGAGGCGACAGAAUUUAAGGC